GCUCAGGCCUUGGCAGGGGCUGCCCAGGGAGCUUUGCAGUGCCCAUCCCUGCAGGUGUCCCCUGGGGGUGGCACUGAGUGCUCUGGGCUGGGGACAAGGUGGGGAGGUCUCUUCCAGCCUCAGGGAUCACCAGAGCAGGGUCUCCCAGAGCCUAAAGUGCUCCCACAUGGAAUUUAGAAGGAUUGGCUCCUCAGGCAAGUGAUUCAUCACAGAGACAGCAGUGAUGUGAGUGAAGAAAAGAGCAAAUCAGCCCCCAGAGCUGCUCCAGGAGGAAGACUCAGGGCACUCCAGGAGGAAGACUCCAGGAGGAAGACUCAGGGCACAGCUUUCCGCGGGCUCUGGUGAAGCUCUCAGCACCAGUGGAUGUGCUCAGGUGUUCCAAGGAGGUGCAUUGCUCCCCCUCAGCACCUGCACUUCGGGUUUGUGGUGGGAGUUGUUAUUUUCAUUCUGAGGCAGCAGCCUGUGUGUCACUUGCUGCCUUUUGCAUUUAUUCCACGACUUGUUCCAUAGCCAGAGCCCUGGGUCAGCCCCUCCUGGGCUCUCUGCCUCGUGCAAAGGGCAGAUCCCAGCGAGGGGAGGAAGGAGGGCUUGUGGGGAAGGGCCAGGCUGAGCACACACCUGCUCUGGGAAGGAAACACUGGAUUUCUCCCAGGCUGUCACCCAAACGUUGUCCCCUGUGCUGACAAACACUGGCAGGAGCCGCAGCUCCCUGAAGAGAGGGGGAAGUUCCUCCCCAGGGCCAGCACCUGUGCCAGCAGCUUGCCCUUAAAGCUGCCCAGGAAGCUGCUGAGCUGCUUGUGAGUGCUGGAGAGAGGGCACAGGCUUUCCAGGCUGGUAAGGUUGACACUGAUUUGGGGGCAUAAAUGUAAUUAUUAUGGAAGUUAGCAACUUCCUAGAUCUAAGGUUUCUGUGUCUGUCUCCUCAGGCCUGUAGCUGCUUUUUCUGGGGAGUUUUGUGCUACUUUAAUGCUGUAAAUGCUCUGUCUUGCUUCUGUGGUUUGCAAAAUUCUUCUUACAAUGUGUCUGGUUCAGGCCCUUGUGCUGUGUCAACGAGGAAUGGGAAGGAAUUUUCUUGGUUAAGGCUUGAUGUUGGCUGAUUGGUUUGGGGUUGGUUUCUGGGUUUUUUUUAGAAAAUGACUAUAAAAUUUGUCGCAGCCCCUAGGCAGGCAGAGGAGGCCAAGGCACGAUGUGUGAAAUGUCUUUAAUUGCUGAAAUGAGACCAGGCUGGAGCACCCUGUGAUGGUGGGAGGUAACCCUGCCCUUGGCAGGGGUGGAAUGAGAUGGGCUUUGAGAUUCCUUCCAGCCUUCUGUAAUUCUUUGAUGAUUCAGCUCUCCACUGGAGACCUCAGGAGCAGGUUUCCAAGUCUCAGAUGCAGAUAAAUAAAAUGUUUUCCUGUCUUAGCAUAGUCCUGAAGUCACCACGGGCCUCCUGCAGCUCCUGGCCCACACCGGGUGCCGUGUCUGGUGCAUUCCCUGCCCCUCUGAACGCUCAGGAGAGACAUCCCUGGACUCCCCCUGCACGAGCCGGUUCCCGGGAUGGCAGUGGCGCUGGCGGUGGCUCUGGCGGUGGCUCUGGUGCCGCUGGCUGCCGAGGCGGGGAAGGACCCGCUGCUGAACGUCUGCAUGGAUGCCAAACACCACAAGAGCCAGCCGGGCCCCGAGGGCAAGCUCUACGAGCAGUGCUCCCCCUGGAAGGACAACGCCUGCUGCACGGCCAACACCAGCCUGGAGGCCCACAAGGACCAGUCCUACCUCUACAACUUCAACUGGAACCACUGCGGGGUGAUGCCACCCAAGUGCAAGCGCCACUUCAUCCAGGACACGUGCCUCUACGAGUGCUCACCCAACCUGGGGCCCUGGAUCGAGCAGGCUGACAGCAGCUGGCGUCGGGAGAGGAUCCUGCACGUGCCCCUGUGCAGGGAGGACUGCGAGCAGUGGUGGCACGACUGCAAGGACGCCCUCACCUGCAAGGAGAACUGGCACCAGGGCUGGAACUGGGCCACAGCCAGGGGAGAGAGGGGCCCUAUCGGUUUCCGCGACAGCCCGAGAUCUUCCGAGCGCCUGUCCCUAUUGUCUCUGCCACAAGGGCCGUGCUCUCACCGGGUGCGUGUCCCCAGGAACCAACCGCUGUCCCUGGGGCUCCGCGUGCAGGCCCUUCAGGCAGGUGUUCCCCCGGGCCCGGGACCUGUGCGAGAAGAUCUGGUCCGGCUCCUUCAGCUACAGCCCCGAGCCGCGGGGCAGCGGCCGCUGCAUCCAGAUGUGGUUCGACCCUGCCCAGGGCAACCCCAACGUGGCCGUGGCCGAGUACUACGCCUGGAGGAGGAGAUCCUCGCCGGCCCACGCCGCGGCUCCGCAGAGCGACCGCGCCGCGCGCGCCCUGCCCCGCGCCAUGCUGCUGCUGCUGCUGGCCCUGGCCCUGCUGCUGCCCCCCGAGGGGCUGCGGCCCGGGGGGUCCCUCUGACCCCUCUGGAGGAACGGGCACAAGCAGCUCAGCCUGCCUGUCCUGCUGCUCAGCACAAGCUGUGUUGUUGGGCCGUGGUAGCAGCUCCAGGCUGCUGACCAGAACAGGGAUUUCCUUGGCUCUGCCCUGGGGGAAGAGCAGUGAGUCUCUGCUGGGGUGUGGGAGCUGCUGCACAUCUGUUCCCUCCUCUGGCCGUGGGCUGGCUGGCUGAGCUCUGGUGCCAGGCGCUUUGGGCUGCUGUGGCUCCCUGAGGGGUGGCUGGGAUAAUAAAGUCUGGCUCUGGGUCAGCCUCGUUGUCCUGAUGUGGGAUGCUCCUGGGGAGGGGCAGUGUCCUGGGCUGCUGGUGGGUGUGGGGUCUGGAAAUGGAGGAGU